ACUGAAUCCGAGUCGGAGUACAGCUCUUGUGGAGAAGGACUGACGUCAAUACCAACUAUUGUCGUGCGAAAUACGUCAGAAGGAGAGGCCAAACGAUUCAAUACAAACACACAGAAUAUAUAUAAAGACAUUAUUCUUGACGUGUUUUUGUCAUUCAUUCAAAAGCGUGUGAAUGACUAUCGAUACCGAAACGGGUGGACAACAGAUCACGAGAUACUAUAUUGUCUGUAAUAACCCAAUUGGCGACCAAAUGAUGGCCACUUCAACGAUGUCCGCCGCGACCACCAAUCACUUCAAGCCCAACAACUCGAGCGCAUCCCAAUCGGGGCCGCAAUCGACCCAAGAAUCCAUUGAAUUGUCGUCAAGACUGACGCAAAUACAUCUGAAGGAACGACAGGACCAGCAGAAGAUUCCGCGACGACAGCCGACCAUUGUUUGCGAAGACAUCGCCGACGAUAUCGACUUCGAUGACGACGACGAAGAGUGCAGUAUUGACGGCACCGGCGAUCAAAUUGGCGGCACAGGGGGUGCCGUUCACUCGGGUGUUGUCCGGUCCGCGAGCACCGCGUCGUUGACUGUCCCGACGGCCGCAGUCGAGAGCGAAGUGGAGAAACGGAGGCCACCCCUCCCUCAAGACGACCCGAUGAUGAUUGAGUCAAACUGAAUGGACUAAACAGCUAUUGAUAAGUCGUUUACAGUAGUAAUUAUAUAUAAUAUAUUGAAUAAUACAAAUCACUCUUUGAUUUGGCAGUCAUUAUAACACACAAAACAUUAUAAAUACCGAAAAUACAUAUUAAUUAAAUAUAAAUAUAUUUUUAAAUUUCAUUUUUCAACAUUAAUUCUUUGUUUCAAUUAUUGAUAUAUUAAUCGCCGCUUAUUUUUCUAUAGAGAAUAUAGAAAUG